AUGCUCGGGGUAUACCAUCGAGGUACCUCACAUAGUGCCAAUAAUCUAAGUGCGGUGCUGCAAGAUCAGAAAAACAACUGCGGAGUAGAAAUUGCUCAUCCACAUAAAACAGCCGAUGCGGGGAACGCUUUUGGACCACAUAACCCAGACGUCCUACAAGGUGUUUUCCGACUAUCGAUGACGCUUCUUGCAGAGAGAAAGCACGAAGAAGCUCAGAUCAUGUAUAAACAGGGCCUAAGGGCAAUGGAACAGGCUCCUGGGCCAGAUCAUCCAGAUGCUCUCAGCAGUAUAAAUUUGCUCGGCGAAACACUUCUCGAUCUAGAAAGGUAUGCCGAAGCGGAGGCUAUUUGUCGACGUACAUUGGUGGGCAGAGAGAAAGCUCUAGGAGUAGAUCAUCCAGCGACCCUUACGGCCGCCGAUAACCUUGGUCUGACACUGUAUCAUCAAGGAAAGUACGAAGAAGCGGAGAUAAUAUUUCAAUCUACACAGGCGGGUAGAAAGAAAUUGUUUGGAAUAUAUCAUCCAGAUACCCUGCUGAGCGCCCUUCGCCUGGGUAUGACGCUGCUUGAUCGGAAAAAGUAUGGAGAAGCUGAGAUCACCUAUCGGCAUGCCCUAGGGGUUAUGGAGAAUGCCCUGGGGCCUGAUCAUCCGGGGGUCCUCAACAGCAUGAAUACGUUAGGGGAGACACUGCUUGAUCUGAAAAGGUAUAGCGAAGCGGAAGCCAUGUGCCGUCGUGCGGUGGUGGGUAGAGAGAAGAUACUUGGACCAGAUCAUCGAGAUACCCUACUUAGUGUCAAUAAUCUUGGUCUGGCACUGCGUCAUCAGGACAAGCACCACGAAGCGGAAAUUAGUUAUCGACGUGCACUGAUUGGUACGGAGAAGACGCUUGGGCUUGACCACCGAGAUACUCUAGUGUGCAUGUACAAUCUUGCUGGAGCGUUGCACAAACAGAGAAAGUACGAUGAGGCGGAAAUGAUGCACCGGCGUGGGCUGGAAGGUCGGGAGAAGGUUCUAGGGCUGGGUCAUCGACACACCCUUCGUACCCUUAUCAAACUAGGCACCGUGCUGUACGAGAAGAGAAAAUACGAUGAAGCGGAAGUAAUGUAUCGACGCGCAGUUACGGAGGCAGCGAGAGCUCUAGGGCCAGACCAUCCUGUAACUCUACAAAACUAUCACCAUCUCUCGAUGUUUCUCUAUUCCCGAGCGACGCGCCCCUUGGAUGAUGCACCAUGAUGGCGAUGCAGGGUUUACUUUCGCUCCCCGCCGUAAUCAUAUUUGCUAUUUCCUCAUACAUAAAUUCUCUCUCAUUCAAUUUCCGAAAUAUCCACCUUUUUUUACGUCAGAUUCCUUGGUGAGGGUGUUAAAUGGUUCAAUUUUUUUGAUUAAUACUCGCUUGUCUUCGCGAUCAUGAUUUGGGCAACUACUGCAAUGUUCUGGGAAUAUUCCUAUUGAGAGGGCCUUUCUCUGUGUUGGUUAUUUGACUCAUUUCUCUUCUUGAUUGUUUUAGGCUUUUAUUUCCUGU